CUCCACUCUCUCGAUCCCCACUGAUCCAUCCAUUUCGUUUAUUUCCCUUUCACAUUUUCUCCGGUGAAAAAGAAAUACGGAGAAUCCGAGAUUGCUUGCUUUGCUUUUCCAUUUUGGAGAUCAAAAUCGUGCAAUGAGCGAUUACGCGGCGACGAGAAACUGAGUUACGGGUAUAUUAAUGUGUGACCUAACAUCUGAGUGAAUCUGCAUUCACGAAUCUGUGAGCAGCGCAGGUUAGUGGUAAAAUGAGCUGGAGCCCGCAUAUGGAGGUUCAUUACCUCAACACCAGCUAUCCCUAUAACAGUGCUGGAAGCUUUAUGGAGUAUUUUGAAGGUCUUACAUAUGAACAUGUGAAUUUCAUUUUUGAUGGUGCUUCACAUGUUCAGCAGAGCGUGUACCCCUCAAUGACUACUAGUUUUUACAAGUUUGGGGCAUCUGAUCCUGGUGGUAUUUCAUAUUAUGAUCAUGCCUAUGCUUAUGGAGUUAAUGAUCAUGAACCAAGAAUUGAGGAAUAUAGAAGGCCUUUGGCUUUUGAGAACUCUUCAACAAUGACAAAUGUACAGACUGCAGCUGUUAAUGCAGACUGGGAAAGGAACACAGUCACUACUCGUGAAAGCCCUGUAGAAUGCCCACGGAGAUAUCAUAACUCCAGUGAUUAUCAGGUCUUUUGGCAAGACAAUAUUGAUCCUGACAAUAUGACUUAUGAGGAACUACUUGAGCUGGGGGAGACGGUUGGAACUCAAAGUAGAGGGCUCUCCCAAGAACUUAUUUCUAUGCUUCCAGUUUCGAAAUACAAGUGUGGCAUCUUCUCAAGAAAGAAGUCAAGAAAAGAGAGAUGUGUGAUUUGCCAAAUGGAAUAUAAAAGAGGAGACAAACAGAUCACUCUACCAUGCAAACAUAUCUACCAUGCUAGUUGCGGGACCAAAUGGCUGAGCAUCAACAAGGCUUGCCCAAUAUGUUACACCGAGGUGUUUUGUGAUGCAUCCAAACUUUAGGGAAUAGUCUCAACUGAUGAACAUAGACACGAUAACCAUUUAUGUUUCUCUUUUAGAUCAUGGAGUUCUGGUUUUUUGUUUUUUGUUUUUUUUUGAGAAAGAAAACUUGUAUCUUUCCUUUAUACGAAGAUGUGUUUGAUUCUUCAAGUUCUUUUAGCAGAAUGGUAGAUUAGGUUUUGUAAUAAGUGAAGGGGUUUGUUUGAAUUUCAUAUAGGAGAUCAAUGUGCUGUGAUGUAAGAGAAUGGAAGUUGAAGACUGUAUAGUUUUUUUUUUUUCUUUCUUUUUUACUCCUUACCUUGAAGUUCUUCUGAUCCUCCCAUGUUGUUCUUGGUUUAAGGGAUACUCCAUUAUUUGGACCCUGUAGUUGAAAGUCCUAAGAUAGUCAAAAAGUCUUUGGAGUUUCGCAAGCAAUAUAGUAUUCUCGUUUGCUUCC